AUGCGUCGUGCACGCACGUCGCCGGGUGAAGCGAUCUUCUUUCCACACGAGGGUACAAUAUUCAACAGUUGUGAAGAAGCGAGGGAUUUCUACAACCUCUACUCAUGGGAAAAAGGGUUUGGAGUUCGAUUUGGCAGAGGAAAGAAAAAUGACAGCAAGUACCAAACAAAACUAGAUAUUGUAUGCUCAUGCGAGGGACUCAACAAGAACAAGAGGUCAGCAUCGAUUAGAACAGAUUGCAAGGCAAUGAUUAGACUGCACAGGCGAAGCGAUCAUUCCUGGUACAUUAGCAGAGUGAACGACACCCACAACCAUCGCCUCACAGAAGCUUACGGUGAGAACAAGCAUUGGAAAUCUCACAGCUAUAUAGACCCCAGCACAAAGGAUCUCAUAAAGAAGUUAAGGGAGAACAACAUCAGCCUUGGAAGAAUAUGUAAUAUAUUGGGAGCAACAGAUGGGGGCUCAAGAUCAGGAAUGAGAAAAGAAUCUGUGAGAUCAAUAUGUGCAAAGAUGGCUCAAGAAAACAUGAGAGAUGACAUAGGCAAAACACUAAAGCUCCUAGAAACCAUGAAGGGGACUGACCCAGGAUUGGAGGUCAGGUUUCAACUCGACGCAGAUGGAAGGCUAAAAUCAAUGUUGUGGUGCACAGGGAAGAAUAGGAUGGACUACUCUAGUUUUGGUGAUGCCAUAACCUUUGACACCACAUACCGUACAAACCUGUACAACCUACCAUUUGGUCUAUUCAUGGGUAUUAACAAUCACUUCCAAUCUAUCGUUCUUGGUGGGCUGCUCCUAACAUCAGAGACAACAGCAGACUUCGAGUGGGCAUUUGCCAAUUUCAUCUCCAUAAUGGGCGGCAAGGCAGCAAUUACCAUGUUAACAGGUAAACCAGUUUGA